UGUCGCAUAGCUUUGUAAUAAUUUUGUACGGCUUCCGUGUAAUUUUCUUCGGACGAGAAAUCAAUAAACAGUCAAACUAAUUUAUGCAUUAAAUCUCAUGCGUCUUCAUGGCCAAGUCAACUUUGCUCUCUUUGCACACUGAUUCAACAUUUCUACUUUUUUUUUUCUUUUACAUUCUGUUGAUUAUUCAAAAUUUGUUACUCUUUAAUUGCGGUGUUUUCCUAUCAAAGCCUCUAUCACCGUCGCUGUCUGUAUUGACCUUCUUUUGCUUUAUGAUCAUGGUUUUAUAAUCUAUUUUGGCGUAAUCAAUGAGUUUCCCCCAUGGCCAUGGAUCAACAAUUGCUUGUGGCAGCAAGAACAGGGAACUUAAAACUGAUCAAGGAACUUGUAGAUGCUGAAGCCAACAUCCUGGAUGCAACGACACCACAAGGCAACACAGCUCUUCACAUGGCUGCACGAUUCGGGCACAAGGAUUUGGUGUACGAGAUAAUGAAUUGGCGGCCUAGUCUUGUUCUGAGUACCAACCUCAAGGGUGAAACACCCGUGCAUGUUGCCGCAAAGGCUGGACAGUUUGAUAUUGUUCAAUUUUUCAAAGGCACUGUCGAAAAUCUGGCAAGCAUCAGAGACAAUAAUGGUAAUACUCCUCUACAUUGUGCUGUCAGAAACAAUCAUAAGUACGUGCUGUGGCUAUUGGUGGAUGGAGAUCAGGAAUCGUUGGGGUUGGUCAAUAAUGCUGGGGAGUCUCCAUUGUUUAUUGCUAUUGAUCUGAGGUUAACUGCUGUUGCUGACAGUAUCAUAUUUGCAAAUCCAUCCACACUUGAGCAUACAGGUGACAGCGACCAAACACCUUUACACCGUGCUGUCAUAAGGCGUGAUUUAGCUAUCAUAGAUAAAAUGCUGGAUGUGAAAAGAGAGCUGAUCAUCAAGCAAGAUGUGAGAGGGAGAAAUCCCCUUCACUAUGCUGUAGCCUUGGGUGACUAUGAAAUGGUUAAGAAAUUACUAGAAUGGGAUAUUUCAGCUGCAUAUCAAGCAGAUAAUAAUCAACAAAUACCUCUCCACUUGGCUGCCAAGAAUGGUCAAGCAAAUUUGCUGAAGCUGCUGCUCAAUCCUUGCCCUGACACGAUUGAGGUGGUCGACAAUGAACAACGGAAUAUUCUUCAUCUUUCUGCUAAAAAUGGAUAUAUCAACGUAGUGUCAUAUGUCCUGGAUUUACCUGAAGCUGAGGAUUUGGUCAAUGCAUCAGAUGUGGCUGGAAACACCCCUUUGCAUCUUGCAGCAAUGAACUUCCAUAGCAAUGUGGCCUAUUUUUUGUCAAGGAAUUCGAAGGUGGACAUUAGGGUAAUUAACCUGAAUCAUGAAACAGCUUUGGAUGUUGUGUAUUCAACUGACGACUGUGGGAUGGAACUACAAAAGCACUUGACCUUAAAAACGUUGAAAAGUUCAUAUACAACGAGAGCUGGAGAUCUCCUUCAAGAUGGAGGAUUCAUCGACAUGGAAGUAGAAAGAUCAAAUAAAAUUGGUCAAAGAAGCAGAGAAAUGUCUACAACACUAUUACUAAUGGCAACACUAAUUGCUACAUUCACAUUUACUGCAGCUUUUACCAUCCCUGGAGGUUUUAGAAAUAAUGAUCCAGAUGAAGGUAUGGCAGCACUGAUUAGUAGAUCAGCUUUUAAAGCAUUCGUAAUCUCAGAUUCAGUUGCCUUCACCUCAUCUAUGACUGCAGCAGUUUUGGUUUUCUGGUCAUCUUCUUGUCAAGUUAGUGAAUCAUUAUUCAUGGAUACACUUCCUUUCUCCAUUGGCUUGACAUGGAUUGCACUUGUGGCAAUGGCGUUGGCAUUUGUGACAGGAUUGUUCGUAGUGUUGUCCAAGACAUUGUGGCUGGCUAUACUGGUUUGUGUCAUUGGUUGUUCAUCCCCUGCCAUUCUUUACCUGUUUGCUCCACUGUUUCUUCUUGUGUUUGAUCGCUUGUCCUCCUCUCCUACCUCUCUUGCUCGCAGACGUAACAUACUUGAAGACAAUCCAUUUUUGUUUAUAUUUCGGUUAUCAAAGAUGAUUUAUAGAAAUUAGAAUCUCUUGAAUUUGUACCUUCGAAUGUCUCACUAUAUGCUUUCACUGUACCAAUAGUUAUCAAUACCCUCGAAUGUCUUACUAUAUGCUUUCACUAUACCAAUAUCUAUCAAUCUCCAAUAAAGAUGUUUUGAUACCAAUUUGUGCAAUUUGAACCUCAUGCAUACAUAGAAGACAAAAAUCAACGACUACUCAUUUGGCAGCAGAGAAUGACCAAUUGUUAGAGCCAGGCAGAUGGUGAUAGGAGCUUAAGGGGCCUUAUUGCACGAAUAUGUAGAACUGAGUGUAUCUAGUUGCCUUCUAUAUGCCUGUUUCUUGCAUGAAAACAAUUUGGAAAAACUUUCUCUUCAACUAUCACCAUGAUGAUUGAGUUAUUCACAAGCCCAUACACCAGGGGGUGUUUCUUAGCAUUCUGCAUUAAGUCCAGCAAAGUUCCUCCAAUUUCAAGGAGGAGCUCCUUCUCUACAUUUUCCAUGAAAUGUUCAUCUUCACAAAAAAAGGUGUUUUAAGCUAGAAACACUGAGGGU